AUGGCGACGGACGCGAUUUUGCCCGUGGACGGCAAGAGGAAUGUUCUCAUCACGAGCGCUCUCCCAUAUGUCAACAACGUGCCCCACCUUGGAAAUGUCAUCGGUAGUGUUCUGUCCGCAGACGUCUUCUCCCGCUGGUCCAAGGCCCGCGGCUUCCAGACCCUCUUCGUCUGCGGCUCUGACGAGUACGGAACCGCCACCGAGACCAAGGCCCUCGAGGAGGGCGUGAGCCCCGAGGAGCUCUGCAAGAAGUACCACGCCCUUCACAAGGAGAUCUACGACUGGUUCAAGAUCGAGUUCGACAUCUUCGGCCGCACCCCGACCGAGCACCAGACACAGAUCACCCAGGACAUCUUCCGCAACCUGUGGAACAACGGCUUCAUCCUCGAGCGCGAGGAGUUCCAGCCUUUCUGCUCCCACGAGAACCACAACAGCUUCCUCGCUGACAGGUUCGUCGAGGGCGAGUGCUCCAUCUGCGGCGACAACGGGGCGCGUGGUGACCAGUGCGACAAGUGCGGCAACCUGCUGGACCCGUUCCAGCCCGAGUCCGAGGCUGGCGCUUCCGACGAUGCGGCGGCAAAGGGUACCGGGUGGCUCGUGAACCCCCGCUGCAAGGUUGACGGCACGACCCCGGAGAGGCGAAAGACAAAGCAUCUGUACCUGCGGCUAGACGCACUGGGGGACGAGAUCAAGGCCUGGUUCCUGGAGGCCAGCAAGAAGGGCGCGUGGAGCUCCAACUGUAUCCAGAUCACCGACUCGUGGAUCCAGAAGGGGCUGUUGCCUCGUGCCAUCACUCGUGAUCUGAAAUGGGGCACUGCCAUUCCCAAGGGUCUCAAGGGCCUGGACGACGAGGCAUAUGCUAACAAGGUGUUUUACGUGUGGUUCGACGCAUGCAUCGGAUAUGUGUCCAUCACAGCCAACUACACAGACGGCAAGAAUGCGGAUGGGAAGCUGUGGGAGAAGUGGUGGAAGUCCGACAAUGUCGACCUUAUACAAUUCAUGGGCAAGGACAACGUUCCUUUCCACACUAUCGUCUUCCCAGGCUCCCAGAUCGGAACCAGGGAGAAAUGGACCAAGGUCCACAAGCUUUCCACAACCGAGUACCUCAACUACGAGGAGUCCAAGUUCAGCAAAUCCAAGGGAGUCGGCGUGUUCGGCAACAACGCGAAGGACACUGGCAUCGAGCCAAACGUGUGGAGAUACUACCUGCUCUCGCGACGCCCAGAGACGGCAGACAGCGAGUUCAAGUGGACCGAGUUCGUCGACGCCAACAACAACGACCUGCUCAAGAACCUCGGCAACUUCAACCAGCGCGUGCUCAAGUUCUGCCAGGCCAAGUACGAGUCUGUGGUCCCUGACUACACUAAAUACAAAUCCGAGGGCAUCGACGCGCAUAUCCGGGACGUCAACGCCCUGCUCAAGGAGUACAACACCCACAUGGACGCCACCAAGCUGCGGGCGGGCCUGCAGACGGUCCUGGCCAUCUCGGCGCUCGGCAACAAGCUCCUGCAGGACAACAAGCUCGACAACCGCCUCCUGACCGAGGAGCCGGACCGCUGCGCGGCCGUCAUCGGCCUCGCGCUGAACCACAUCGCCCUGCUCGCGUCCAUCGUGGCGCCCUACAUGCCGGGCACCGCGGCCAACAUCUUCGAGCAGCUCGGCCUGCAGCCGCAGCCCUCGAUCCCGGACGCCUGGGUGACGGACGCCAUCAAGCCCGGGCACAAGCUCGGCACGCCCAAGCUGCUCUUCACGCAGAUCCCGGCCGCCAAGGUCGAGGAGUGGCGCGAGGCGUACGGCGGCGAGGAGGUCAAGAAGGCGAAGGAGCUCGCCGCCCGCAAGGCGGAGGAGAAGAGGCUCGCCAAGGAGCGCGACAAGGAGAAGAAGAGGCUUAAGAAGCUGGCUGCCGCCCAGGCCAAGGAGAACGAGACGCCCGCGGCCAAGCCGAGCGUCGAGUCGACCGAGAAGAAGGAGAUGGCGGACCCCGAGAUCGAGAAGGUCACCGAGGCCAUUGCCAAGGCCGACGUGCACACCUCUUGA